ACAUAUAGAACAGCGUUAGUUUACAAAUAGACGUUGCGAUCGUAGUUCAGUGCGCUCGUUCGGAUUGUGGAGCGUUUUUAUUUAUUUUUUUCUUUGAAUAAUAUCUUAAUUUAAACAAUAAUUUGAUCAAUGGUUUUGAAACUCACGCUUAUAUAUUCUUUUAUUUUUUUCCCUUUCAAUGUUCAUGGAUACAGAAAACCAAGAGAAACUCAUUUUCCGGGAUAUCAUUUUUGCGGACCUGGGACGAACUUCUUGAAACGCACAUCUCUCGGUCAACUCGGUGUCAACAAGCUAGACGAAGCGUGCCGGUUACACGACAUGGUAUACACCAACAGUGUGGACUUAUAUCUGAGAACGGAAGCGGACAAACAACUAGAGAUGCAAGCGUGGGAGCGAGUGACCGCACCCGAUAGUAGUUACAAGGAGAAAUUCGCCGCAUGGAUGGUGACGAACAUCAUGAAGUUGAAACGAAAAUGGAAUACUCGGCGGCUGCGAUCAGAACGUAAAAAAAAUAAAUCAUGUCUAACUGCAAAUUGACAAUCUUUAUCUUUGAACCUUGAAAUUCAAUAGGCAAUGGAAUGCCAAGCAAUGCAUGCUGUGAUAUUAUAUAUGCCUAUAACAUUUUUUUCAAUGUUAUGAUCACAACUUACAAAGAAAAAUGCAUAAUAUACAUUGAAUAAAAAA